UGCGAGGAGCAGAAGUGUGAAGAAGAGGUCUUCCCCUUGGCCAUGAAUUACGUGGACCGCUACCUGUCUUCGGUGUCGGUGCGGAAAAGCCACUUGCAGCUCCUGGGAGCGGUGUGCAUGCUGCUGGCCUCCAAGCUGCGCGAGACGAUGCCCCUCACGGUGGAGAAGCUCUGCAUUUACACGGACAAUUCCAUCACGCCGCAGCAGCUCCUGGACUGGGAGAUGCUGGUCCUGGAGAAACUGAAGUGGGACCUCGUGUCCGUGAUAGCAAACGACUUCCUGGCUCACAUCCUCCACCACCUCCCACUGCCAAAGGACAAGAUGGAGCUGGUGAAGAAGCAUGCACAGACCUUCAUUGCCUUGUGUGCCACAGAUUACACUUUUGCUAUGUACCCGCCGUCCAUGAUUGCAACAGGCAGCAUUGGAGCCGCGAUGCACGGCCUCACGGUUUCCCUGAACGAUUUCAGCGGGGAGGCCAUCACGGAGCUGCUGGCCAGCAUCACGGGCACCGAGGUGGACUGCCUGAAGGCCUGUCAGGAGCAGAUCGAGGCCGCCUUGGCCGAGAGCCUGAAGCAGGUGUCCCAAAGCCAACAGGAAUACAGAGCCACCAAGACUGCUGCUUACCCUGCCAGCCAGCCCACCGGAACGCCGACAGACGUCACGGACAUCAACCUGUGACCGGGCUCCCCUUCCCGAGAGCUGCCCAGCCCCAUGAGAACAGGACCUUGCCCUGGACACC